AUGCUAGGAAGCGAAAAGCCGAGUUCUUAUUCUUGUAUUCACAAUGGGACAAAAGCCAAUGAUUCUGAAUUAUUGCUAUUGUAGGUGGACUCCUAUGGUGAGUGCCUGAACAACCGAGAGCUUCCCAGUAUGAGGCUGAGGGAUACUUCUACAGCAACCACAGAAGAUCCUGAAUUCAUGGCUUUUAUCUCCAACUACAAGUUUCACUUGGCCAUGGAGAAUGCCAUAUGCCAUGACUAUAUGACGGAGAAACUUUGGCGGCCGAUGCACGUCGGAGCUGUCCCUGUGUAUCGAGGCUCGCCGUCCGUACGAGACUGGAUGCCCAAUAAUCAUUCCAUCAUUCUCAUUGAUGACUUUGGGAGCCCCAAAGAACUAGCAGAAUAUCUCAACUUCCUGGACAGGAACCCAGAUGAGUACAAGAAGUACCUAGAAUAUAAGAAUCCCGGUGGCAUUACGAACCAGUUCUUACUGGAGAACCUGGAGAGACGUGAAUGGGGAGUGAAUGACAUGACUCGGCCUAAUUACCUGAAUGGAUUUGAGUGUUUUGUCUGCGAGAGAGAGCAUGAGAGACUUGAGGCAGAGAGGGAACACAAGAGGACCGGUGGGAAGGUGCCGCCUCCGGAACCUCACAUUGCCCAGUUCACGCACAUGGGAUGCCCUCCACCAGCACCUGGAUAUGGGAACAUCGAGGACAUUCCUGCAGGAGACAGCUGGAAAGAGAUGUGGCUGCAGGAUUACUGGCAGAGCUUGGAUCAAGGUGAGGCCCUCUCGGCUAUGAUCCGUCACAACGAGACGCAUCAGGGGAGAUUUUGGGAUUAUAUGCACAAAGUCUUCUUGAAGAGAACCCGGCAAAAUUGACAGUUGCGUACACAGCUUUUUU